AUGGAAAUAAAUAACGAUCUAACAUGGCUUUCGCUAAAUGAACCAAAUGAACCAAACAUUAGUGAUAUUUCCUUUGGUGCCCUAACUCUUGCUGAGGAAGAACUGGAUCUCAUAGAUAUAGAUAGUAUUGAGUAUGAUAAUGAUGAAGUGGUCAAGAUGGAUAUUGACUCAGAUGAAGAUUACGAACAUCAUGCGGGGAAUCAGCGAAUUAGAGAAAUCAACCCAAACCAGACAAUAAAUGAUGAUCCAUCAGUCCCAAAGAAAAAUAUUUUCCAAAGCAAAAGCACAGAUGAGAGUUACCGAGGGGUAUCUAUGUUUGGAAAUAUCAUGGAUAGCAUUUCAAAGACUAGCAAUGCAAUUUUCUCUCCCACUAAACUCGGAACCAAACUUGCCAAAAAAUCAUUCAUGAAAAGGGUCAAAGAAAUGGAAGACGAAAAGACCGGGAAAAACAGAGACUCAAUGAAUUUUAUGGACAUGUCGCAGGACGAUGACCUCCAUUUCGAUGAUGACGUAUACAGUGAAACCCCAUUAAAGAACAAGAGUAAUAGUAUAAAAAGUGGCAGCUUUCCUGUAGCUUCAGGAAAAGGUAUGAGAAAAAGAUUUAGAGGGCUCAAACAAACGUCUAGAAGUUUCAACUACGGAAGAGGAAUGAAGACGAGGAAAAGUAUGCUUUCUGAGGUCACAGGAGAAAAGGAAGCUCCAGUGGAAAUUAGUGUGGAGGAGAACCUUGGAACUAGCAGUGAUAUGGAAGAACCUAAUGAUGAUGACUUCAGCACAGAUGCUACUAAAGCCGAUACUGAAUUCGAUAUAUUAAUGGACCGAGCCUCUUCUCCUCAGAAUGCCAAUAAUUCAGAGCAGAAACAUAGAUCUGAUUAUUUCGCAACUCCAAAAUACCAAAGUAAUGCGGACUCACCAUGGGGCAAGGGUCCAAUACAAUUGCAAAUGCAUUAUCAUUAUCAUAACGGUGGUGAUACCCACAAUAAUGUCUUCAAUUCCAAUUCGACACCAUUCAAUUUAUUCCAAAGCAGUACACCGUCAGUUAAUCAAUCUAAUACCCAAAAUAUUAAUUCUGGCGAUCUUAGAGCACAAUUUUCAGAGAACCUUCCUUCGCCUUGGUCAAAUAAUAUCCCAAAGAACUCGUCACCUUACCUUGUUUCAUCAUAUCUUCAAAUUUUGUUCAACGCAAUUACAAUGGCUGGAGUGGUUUACAUUGGAUUUUCUACAAUCAACUCGAUUCGUCUUGAUAUAUCUACUAAAUUGAAAGAGAAAGUGGCAACCAUGGUGUUACAAUCGGCUCUUUGUGCCCAAAAGUACCGUGAAAACAGAUGUGAUCCAUCCACCAUAGUCCCAGCCUUGGAAAAACAGUGUUUUGAAUGGGAGAAAUGCAUGACGCGCAACCCACAAUCUGGAUCCUAUUAUGCUGCUGUAGGGGCCGAAACCUUGGGAGUACUUUUAAAUAGCUUAGCUGAACCAAUUGGUAUGAAGGCGUUCUUAUUAUUCGGGUGUAUCUUGUGUCUAUGGCUAUUUGGCAGUAAUCUCUUUUUUGGAUUUAUCCGAGGCAAAGCCUAUUACCACAAUGAGCCGACACCAGCAUUGACUUAUGAAUCGGCCGCCCCGUUGCCAACAAUAAAGGUAAAUGGGGAGCCAGCGAAGCAAUUAGUUCUCAAAGAAGACUAG